AUGAAGAAGAAGUCGUCAUGUUCAGCAGAGAUCGUGGGGAGUAUCGACGAGCUCCUUACGCAGAUCCUUGAAAGGGUGCCGGCUCUAUCUCUGAUCCGCUCCAAAUGCGUCUCCAAGCAGUGGCUCUCUCUCAUCUCCGACCCCGACUUCCAUCGCCGCCACACUUUCCAAAACCCUAACCCCAAAAUCUUGGCUUUCCUCUCUCCCGAAACCAAUCAAGACCAAAAACAUCGACCCGUCUAUGUUGUGAAUCCCACCACCAACCAAUUCCGGGCUCUUUUCCCUCCCACCCUCAGGGAUGACGUCACCAGGUCUACUCUUGUGCGCUACGCUUUGGCUUUCGAUCCUUCUCAGUCCCCUCAUUACAAGGUGCUCUGCGUCACUAACGAUGAUGAUGAUGGGGGGCAUCACGACAUCGAGAUAUAUUCAUCCGAGACAGGAGAGUGGAAGCAUCUCAAGACUCCUUACUUCCCCAGAGAGAGGGCCAUGCACUUCGGGUGGAGGAGCCGGUUAGGUGCCGUGUACUGCAACGGCGCAGUUCAUUGGUUACGAAGCAGACACGAAGCAGGCUUGCGGUUCGGCUUAUAUGGUGGGAAUGGAAUCAUGGGAUUCAGAAGGGAGAAGAAAACUGGCGUGCUGCACUACUUUGAGAUAAGCCAAGAGCGUUUCCUGGUCGUGUCCGCUAUCCCCCCUGUCCCCUCCGUGGUUAAAAACAUUCCACUCAAGGGUAAUGAACCAACUACAUGGCCGAAUUUGGCUCAGAGAUAUUUUGGGGUGUGCGGUGGCCGUUUGUACCUGAUUGAGACUUAUGACCAUUGUUUGACCCAGUUUGAUGUGAUGGAGAUGGAGAAGGACUACUCUGGCUGGUUUGUCAAGUAUCAGGUUGAUCUUAAUCCGCUUGUCGCAGCUUUCCCUGGGCAGGACUGUAAUGUUUUUGUUGUCUUGUGUCUUUUUCAAGAGGAGGAAACAGAUUAUGGGGUUGAGGACACUUCAACUCAUCUCUUGUUGCACCUGUCUGGUAAGGUCAUAUCUUAUAAUCUUAGGAGUAAGACCUUCAGGACGUCUGUUGAGUUAGUCAACAAGGAACUAGCUUUAGGUAAUCAUCUAUAUCUAGAGGAUGUUGUUUUUCCUUACAUGGAGACUUUAACUUGUUUGUGA